GAUCCAGGUAGGACCCCAGCACCCUCCCUACCCUCUGUACUGGACCCCUUUGUGCCAGCCCUGUUUGUGCUGCUCCCCAAACCCACCUCAUCCGUGGGCUUUGAGCAUCUGGGAUCUAAAUGUGCUUCCCAGACUGGCUGGAGCCUCUCCCCGGGCACCCCACACCUUUGGGAGAGGCACACAGACCCCUGGGUGUGGAUGUGGGGGGUGCCAGGUGUGGGAUACAGGCCGGAUCCCCAGCCAUGGGUGGGUUGGAACCCCAAAAACCCCCCCUGGGCAGGUUGGGGCCCCCAAAUCUCCCCUGUGGGUGAGCUGACAGCCCCGUUCUCGUGUGCCCUGCAGAUGUGCACCCCCAGCAACACGCCGGCCACGCCGCCCAACUUCCCGGACGCGCUGGCCAUGUUCUCCAAGCUGCGCACCUCGGAGAGCCUGCAGAGCAGCAACAGCCCCAUCACCUCCAUGGCCUGCUCCCCCCCGGGCAGCUUCAGCCCCUUCUGGGCCUCCUCUCCUCCCAGCCACCAGCCCUCGUGGCUGCCCCCGUCGUCGCCCACGGCCCACGGCCUGCACCACCACCUGCACCACGGGCAGCCCUCCUGGCCGCCCACCCCCCCGGCCCCCGCCCCCCCACAGAAAGCCGUGGCCACCAUGGAUGGGCAGAGAUAAGGCUGGGGCUGCCCAAGGGCUGGGGGGGGGCAGGGGCAGGGGCUGGCCGAGAAACGCACUGGAAUCAUUUUCUAGGUUUUAUUAUUAUUUUUAGAGGGGGGGAGCACAUGCUGCCAGGGAGGGCGCUGAGCUGUGAGAGCCUCUGGCUGAUCUCUACUCCCCUCCCCUUUUUUUAAAAAAAAAUAUAUAACUAUAAUAUAUAAAUAUAUCUAAUGUAUAUAGAUCAGAGAGAAGGAGCAGCAGCGUGGAGGCAGCUGCUGGGUGUCUGGGGGUUUUCCCUGUGGCUCUGUCCUCACCCAGCAUAUCUACAUCAGGGCAGGACAGGAAUAACAAAAAUAAAUGGAUGGAGGUGGCUGUUGGUCCCCCAGAUCAGCCACACAGACAUGGAGCCACUGGACACCCUCCCCAGCUCUGGCUCCCUGGGCACUUGUUGCAGUGCCCAGAGCAACAGCAGCUCUCUGGCUCCCCAAAUUCAGCCCAGCUUCUUGCACAGACCCCCCCUGGACGUGCCCCCAACCCCAUCCUCCCUCCCUUGGCACCCCCAGGGCCUGGGGGUUUAUCAGAGUGAUGUCCCCCUGUCCCUGUGACCGCCCUAUGUGGUGCUUCCCCAGGCAGGGGGGAGCUGGGGGUUUUUUAGUUUUCAAAUCAAUGUUGCUUAAAAAAAAACAGACAGAAAACCAAAAAAAAAAAAAAAAGAUAAAAAAGAUCCAGCAAAAAAAACAGGUUGAAGGUUUUUUAUUAAUUUAAAAAAUAAUAAAAACUUAAAAAAAAAAAAUCACUUUUUUAACA